UCCAAUUGAAAAUUUGUUUAAAGUGAUUUGAAGACUUGUGGGUAAAAUCCUGUGGUCCUCUCCCCCCCUCUCUGGUCAGUUGUUCGGCUGUGGCUCAGUCGCUCAAACCGUUCUCAGUCGAAACACCCUGGGUGAACCUCUCACCGUCCACAUCGGCUUCUCUGUGGGACUGAUGAUGGCAGCGUAUGUGGCCGGUGGAGUGUCAGGGGGCCACGUGAACCCCGCUGUCUCUCUGGCCAUGGUGAUUCUGGGCAAACUGAAGAUUUGGAAAUUUCCCUUCUAUGUCAUCGCUCAGUUUCUUGGUGCCUUUGCAGGAGCUGCUGCAGUCUUUGGAUUAUACUAUGAUGCUUUCAUGGACUUCACCAGUGGAAUUCUGUCAGUGACUGGAAUCAAUGCAACAGGCCACAUUUUUGCCUCCUACCCAGCGAGGCACCUGUCAGUCCUCGGCGGCUUCAUCGACCAGGUGGUGGGGACAGGGAUGCUGGUUUUGUGUAUCCUCGCCAUCAUCGAUGGUGGGAACAUUGGAGCUCCUAAAGGCGUGGAGCCACUGGCCAUCGGACUCAUCGUCAUGGCCAUCGGGGUGUCCAUGGGACUGAACUGCGGAUACCCCCUGAACCCUGCCAGAGACCUGGGACCCCGACUGUUCACGGCAGUGGCUGGAUGGGGGAUGGAGGUUUUUAGCACCGCAGACUACUGGUGGUGGAUCCCUGUGGCGGGGCCCAUGGUCGGGGGAGUGGUCGCGGCCGUCAUCUACUACCUGCUCAUCGAGCUGCACCACCACCGCGAUGAGCCCGAGAAGCCCCACGAGGAGGAGGAGGACGAAGACGAAGACGAGGACGAGGACGACAGCAGUCUGAAGGACAAAUAUGAGAUGAUCACCAUGAGCUAAAAAAAACAUCACCAGACUUGAACCUCCAGGACUGAGUGUAUUCAGAUUCAUCUGCUCUCACUGUCGGUCGGUCAGACGACAAACACCCAGCACAGCCUCCUCUGUCAGUGUCAGCUCUCUGUGCUCAACCUGUUCAUAGGCUGUAGUCCCACCUCUGAUUGACUUCAUGCUCUGCAGAGACCAGCUUCUCCAGCUCAGCGAUGACACCGUUAAAACCUGCACAACUCAAAGCUCACAGUAAAAUAAAUAAGGAAACUUUCUAGAUUGAAAAACUGCUGCUAGUUCCACAAAAUAAAGAUGCGUGGACACUGUUUUAACAACCAACACUGGACUGUCUCCUCUGCAGUUUUAUGUUUUAUGUUUCAUAAACACAUGGAAAUCUCUGUCCUGCUUCACGUUGUUAUGACUUUUCAUAUAUUUGUGUUGUAAAUACUGUUUAUAAAAAUGAUCCCCUAUUGAAUGUACUC